AUGUCGAGGGACCCUGCUGUUGCUGCCGCUUCGUUCGGAUUUGUGAACCACCGCUGCGCCAAGGACGUGAAGGCCUUCCAGGAGCAGAAGGGUUCUUCCGAGGCCGUGAAGGCCUGCUUCGCCAAGGAGACCAAGACGCUCACCUCCACCUGCGGCAAGGAGGUCCACGCCUUUGCCGAGUGCCUCGCCGACCCUGAGAGCGGCUCGUGCUCGCGCCCCGAAUGGGAUCUCCGCGUCUGCGUGCGGUCCAACUUCGGCUUCGAUUCCGCCCUCGAGCAGAAGAAGCAGGCCGCCAGGCUUAGCAAGUCCACCGUCCCCACCGAGCUUGCCGACUCCGAGAAGCUUGAGACUGCUGCCUCUCGCUGGAAGUGA